AAGUUUUAGCUUAAAGAGCUUAAUUCUUUUAACUCUAACUAGAAGCUGUUUUUAUUUGAAUGACGAUGAAUUAAAUUUUUCCCAUUUGAUUUCAGUUUUCUUCAUUGAUCUGACUGUUGAUGUGUUUAUUAGUGUUAUACAGUCUCUGAUCACCUGGACUUCUCUUUGGACAUUGAAUGUAACAUAACAUUAAUUUGAUUAUACUGACAAAAUGUAUAUAUAUCAAUUACCAGUGAUAAAUACUUUGCUCGAAAGAGUUUGUUAUACAAAUUUGAUGUCUAUCUGGAUGCUUCUUAUUUUAAAUAGCUUCGAUGGUCUGGAUAGUCUAUCCAGCGAUGAAAUUGAAAGCCACCUCGAAUUGGGGAAGCAAAUGGUAGCCAGAGGACAAUAUAGUGAUGCUUUGUCUCAUUAUCAUGCUGCUGUCGAGGCGGAUCCUAAAAAUUAUCUAACGUACUUCAAAAGAGCAACAGUAUAUCUGGCAUUGGGAAAGUCUAAACCAGCUCUUGAAGAUUUAAAUCAAGUCAUUCAAUUGAAGCCAGAUUUUCUAUCGGCGCGUUUGCAACGUGGAGGAGUUCUGAUGAAGCAAGGAUAUCUUGAUGAAGCUCACAUAGAUCUUGAAUGGGUUUUGCGUAAUGACCCUUAUAAUGAAGAAGCCACACGUUUGUAUACAUCUAUAGAACCAAUCAAACACGAUCUACAAACUGCUUACAUGUAUUAUGAUGACGGUGCAUGGCCUAUGGCAAUUGAUGUGAUAACAAAAUUAAUUCACGAAUUGCCAUGGGAUGUCAAAUUACGAGAAAUGAGAGCUACAUGUUUUGAAAAUGUUGCUGAUUAUUUCAACGCUAUCAGUGAUUUAAGGGCAGCUACUAAAUUAAAAGUAGACAACACUGAUGGCUACUUAAAGUUAAGUAAACUCCAUUAUGAAAUUGGGGAUGUUGAAGAAUCUCUGACAACCAUCAGGGAAUGUCUUAAACUUGAUCCAGAUCAUAAAAACUGUUGGGAACAUUAUAAAAAAGUCAAAAAGUUAGCUGGUCAUUUUAAAUCAAUGAACGAUUUCUCGCAAACUGAACAAUUUGCUGAAUGUGUUGAAAAGUCCAACGCAGCUCUUAAAGUUGAAUCAGGAGUAACGAAUAUUGUACAGUUAAUAAAGAAAAAAUCUUGUCAUUGCCUUACCAAGCUCGACAACCCUACAAAAGCCAUAGAAGUUUGUACUGAAGCUUUAGAACUUGAUCCAAAUGAUGCCGCUACUCUCUGUGAUAGAGCUGAUGCAUAUUUAAACAACGAUGAUUAUGAAAACGCUCAAUCGGACUAUGCGCGAGCCCGUGAAAUUGAACCAGAUCUUAAAAGAGCCCAAGAGGGUUUGAAAGCUGUUAAAGGCCGCCAACGACAAGCAAGAGACUAUUAUAAAAUUCUUGGAGUCAGAAGGAAUGCGAACAAGAAAGAUAUAUUGAAAGCUUAUCGUAAAUUAGCCCAAAAAUGGCAUCCUGAUAAUUUCCAAGGAGACGAGAAAAAAUCUGCGGAAAAGAAAUUUAUUGAUAUAGCUUCGGCCAAAGAAGUUCUUACUGAUCCAGAAAAGAGACGAAAAUUUGAUGCAGGUGAAGAUCCAUUAGACCCAGAAUCGCAAGCCAAUCAAGGAUUCAAUGGCUUUAAUCCUUUCCAUUUCCAAAAUUUCGGUGGAAAAUAUACUUUCACUUUCGGUUAAAUUAUCGAUUUAAUAACUCGGAAAACUGUUUCUACCUUGAUUAUUGUUGGAUUGAUAAACUAUAACUGCGAUUUUGUGCAAUUUUAACCCAAAUUCAGUCCAAUGAUUAUCAAAAUAGAAAAGUGAACUUUUGUAUUUUGAUGUCCUCUCAGUGAUCUUUAAAUCUUGUAAGAUGUGUAAAUACAUAUUUAACUUAAUAAAUUAAGCUUUAUUCUGUUUGCAA